AUGGAGGCUCUGCUAAAAAACCUCAAAAAGUACGUUGAGUGUUCGAUUUGCUUAGAAAGUUUCACCGAGCCGAAAACCAUAGCGUGUCUUCACACUUUCUGCUGUGAAUGUCUGAAGAAACAUGCGCUUACGAGUCAGAGAGAUGGUCAGUUUCGCUGCCCUGAAUGCCUGACACAAAUUGCCAUUCCCGAAGGAGACAGAUUCGAUCAGUUACCGACCAGUUUUCUGCACAACAGCUUAUUAAGCCUUCUCGCUUUUCAGCAAAGUGGCGAUGGAAGUCAGAUCAGUUGCAAAGUUUGCACGAAAAAGAGCGCUGAAUUAAGUUAUUGUUUCGGCUGCGAGAUGUUGCUUUGUCAAGGGUGUCUCCAGGCGCAUGAGAUGUUUCAAACUACAGCUUUCUCAGGACACAAGGUAACGUCGGUCAAACAGUUUCAAGUAGAAGAUUACGAAGCUUUGUUAAAGAGAAAGGCAUUCUGCGCUGAGAAGUACCACGAGAAAGAGGUAACAAGGUUUUACUGUCGCGUCUGCGAAACUUGUAUUUGUCAAAUAUGCUUAAGUAUGGAACACAAGACUCAUGAAAUAGAGCUGCUCGACAAGGCAGCGGAUGAAGAAAGAGCCAAAAUCUUGGCGGGAGUUGAGUCAAUAAAACAAAAACACCAAGCAAGCAGCGACAUUAUCCGUCAAUUAGAGGAGACAGCCGCCAAUCUUGAAGCUAAUAUCGCAAGGGCUAAACGCCAAGUGUCUCAAUCAGCGAAGCAAAUGAUCACUGUGAUUCGCGAACGCGAGCGCGAGACAAUUACUACGCUCGAGAACACACGCGUGUCACGAAAGCAAAAAUUGGAUGAAGUGAAGAAACAGGUUCAACAGUUGGAAAAACAGUUUAAACAAGCAGCAGAGUUUGCGACUGAGUUGGCGCAGAGAAGUUCAAGUGCAGAUAUAAUGAGAAGUAAAGGGAAUUUAGAGGAACGAUUAGAAGAGCUUGGCAAAACUCAGUUUCCAAAAAUCCCAGCUAAUUCGUUUGUAAAGUUCGUUUCAACUUGUGAGCUAGAUAAUGUGAGCCUCGGCAAAAUAAGAUCCCGUUCCGAGACAAACCCAAUUAGAUCAACAAUUGAAGGACUGAAACAAACUUUCCAAGCUGGAGUAGAAGCAGAGAUAUCAAUUUGCUCUCAAACACGCGAGGGGCAAUUCAGUAACCGACAACCUGAAGAUCACGUUGAAGUUCAAGUUGAUCCUGCUGAACAACUGGCAAGUUUGAUUGUCAAAGAACAGGCAGGGGGGAAAUUCCAGGUUAAAUUUGUUCCUAAACUUCCAGGUUCUUACAACAUUUCGACAAAGAUAACCGGCGACAACCUUGAUCAGAGUCCCUUCACUAUAAGGAUACAGGAACGCAAACUUGAAAUUGUGGGCGAGUUAGACUUGAAAAAUGAAAGUAUGAAAAUUCCAGCUGGUGUUGCUGUAAGUGGUAAGGGAUUAAUUGCCGUAGCAGACUAUUCCAAACACUGUUUUCUGGUGUUUGACAGCAGAGGAAAGUUUAAUCGAUUAGUUGGUUGCUAUGGGGACAAUCCGGGAGAGCUGAACAGUCCCAUUGAUGUAACAUUCAUGAACGAUGAUGAGAUCCUAAUAGCAGAUGAAUGUAAUCACCGAAUACAGCAGUUUAAUGUGCAUUCAGGGAACUUUGUGAACAGCUUUGGACGAUAUGGUACAGGAGACGGAGAGUUUCGGCAUCCUGUCAGUGUCUGUAUGGAUGGGAAAGGACAUGUUAUUGUAGCUGAAUAUAACAACCACCGGGUACAGGUGCUAACAAAGGAUGGUAUUCCUGUGUUGAAAUUUGGAGAUAGAGGCCCAGAAAAACUCUGCUUUCCUGUCGGCUGCGUCUAUUACAAGAACACCUUUAUUGUUGCCGACAGUGCAAAUGGUUGUUUAAAAGUGUUUGAUUGUUCAGGAAAAUUUUUACGUAAGAUUGGAAAAAAAGGUGAAGGAGCUGGGCACUUUUUAAGACCGUGGAGAUUGUGCGUAGACAAAUAUGAAAAUCUCGUGGUCAGCGACAAAGACAGUGGUGACGUCAAACAAUUCAAUAUUAAAGGUUGCUUCACUGGAGCUAGCUUCAAGCUUAAAGGACCAUCGGGGGUGGCCACCAUGUCUGACGGUCGAUUCUUGACAGCCGAAUCACUGACAGGGAGGAUCAUUUUUCUUAAAUAGAAAGCGACCAUUCAAGACCUUUUCGUAAUGGCGGUGGCGCACGAGAAAUUUGGUCGUAGCAGGUGUGGUAUGAGCUCGAGAUGAUAAGUGGUGCGCGAGGGAGAGAGGAACAUACGCGAAUCCCAACGGCAUUUUUUUUUUUUUCAGCUUUGAGCGAAAAUAAAUAAACUUGCCGAGUGCGAGAAUGAUAUGUCCGAACGAUAAAUUUUGCAAGUUACUAUUCACGUUAAACUUUGGCAAAAAAGUCGAUAUCAGGAAAACUGGUGUUUUGAAUUAUUUUAGCUUUUUAUUUUGUUUUAAGCCAGCACUAAAGACACACCUAUUAAAAAAAGACUUUUAUUGAUCCCCAUAAUAUUUUUGUUUAGGGGAUGUCUUGAUUGCACUCAUGAUUUUUAUUAAUACUAUUACUAAUUCUUCACUAAUACAGUGCAGUCAGUUUAUUCCAAGUUUAAAAAAAAGACUUUUAUUGAUUGCCAUAACAUUUUUGUUCAUUGGGAUAUCUAGCCUGCAGUGCAGGCGUUUUCUUCGGGCGCGCAAAUGUUUUUACUCGCGAAAGCGCCAUGUAGAAACCGAAGAGAGUAGGAAAUAGGGCGAGUCAAAGGGAGCGGGGAGGGGACGGGGAGAGAGAAGAGAAAACGCCUGCCCGAAAACACUGUGAAAAUGAUAAACACCCCUAAUUAGUCGCGCGAGACCGCUCUUCCCGAAGAGAGUAGUCGACAAUAACAAAACAACAAAACAGUCACUCCAGUCCGAAGACUAGCAUUGUCUUAAGAAAAACAAGCUGGAGUUUAUCAUUGUUUUUAUCUUGACUGAGUCACAAUGUAAUUCUCCACAGCUGAUGAAGCUUCAGUUCAAGCUGCCAUUUAUUCUUCUAAAUUCAUAUCUGUAAAUCGCUAUCCGUGAGAGUUUAAAAUCCUACAAACAAAUUAAAAAACUAACGAGCUGAGCCCAGUGUGAUACAACAUUGCACGAAAACAUCACAUUCUCGGACUAGAAAGAAAAUCGCUUAGUUAUUCUUCUUAUUAUUAUUAUUGCUGAGGCACUUUGGACAAAAUAAAGAACCUAACAGCCUUAUUUAGCCACAAAAAAGAGCUUUACUCUUUAAAAGAGGUCAAAGAAAACGCUGUCGCGUCAGAGGGCUAAUCAUGAAGACCAGAAAUCCAAAAACCACUGAAAAUCAAUAAGCGUAUCAUGACCUCUCAGUUUGAAACAAGCACCCCUCCCCCCCUUCCUUUAUUCGCCCUAGCACCUACCCUUAGGGUUACUAUUUGUACUCUCCCCAAUCUUACAUUGAUGGCAGCUACAACAAUACGAACACGAACAAGGUUUCGCCCACCCGAAAUACGCCUGCACUGCAGGCUAGGGGAUGUCUUGAUUGUUCCUAUGAUUUUCAAUAAUACUUUUAUUGGUUCUUCACUAGUGCAGUGCAGUCAGUUUAUUUCAAGUUCAAAAACGCUCAUUUUCAAAAAGUAUAUUAGCUUUGUGCCUUAUAAACAGGCCUUCAUCACCGAAAUGAUUGUCUUCAAAGUAGCCAGGUGACAAUACUAAAUGAAUACAGUGAAACCUGUAUUAAGCGGCCACCCUUUCUUAAAAUCAGGGCCCUACACGGGCCUAAAAAAGCUUGAUUUUCGGCCAACUCUUGUCGAACCUACAUGAAAGAAAGCAAAAAGUGAGAAAACCUUGCCAUACAUUUUUUCACAUCUCCAACCAACAGUAAACUGAUUGAAGUAUAACAAUCUUUCUUGGGCUUAACUCUAUGUUUUCAAUGUCGCACUUAAUAUUAGCACCGAACUGAUAACGAAUGUGGGCCAAAUUUUGGCCAUUUUCGCAGUGGUGUUUUUCAAACGUGCGUGGUUCAUUUUUAAAGAAAAUUAUUGUACCAAUAGCCUGUUGUACCUUUAUUAAAAUACAGCAAACUUAAAAUUGGUAUCUUUAGGUAAAUUGCUAUGGCCGGCGUCGAAAGUAACACUAAAAUGCCAUCAAGCAGAAAUUUUUCCCGCGAAAUUUUCAGAGAAGAAAUAACAUAUAAAAAUAUUUGUCUGAACGGUAAGUCGAAAAUUUACUAGAUCGAGAUAAUCAGGUUGUUUAAUUACCUGUGGAAGAGUAUUUACGUCUAAAAAUCGACACAGGUAAGCGUUUAACCUCUUGAAACACCCCUUAUACAAAACGGAAUUUUUUUCCGCCAAAAAAAUAUUUAUGUGACACGCUGCAGUGAAUCCCCGCGGAUUUAUUCUCCGCAAAGUUCGACCUUCAGUAAGGUAAAAAGAUAAAUAUAUCAGACUAGCCGUCUUGUUUUGUCUCUAGUGGUACAAACUAUUAUGACCUUUUUUAAUGCUUUUUCACUUGCUUUUGCCUCAUAAUAUAUGUAACCCAAAUGUAAGACUUCAAGCAGUGCUAUGGCAGAUAUUUCAUCGCCCAGUCUAUGAUAAUCGAUGAGGCUUGAUUCUUCGUCAAUCUGAGUAAGAGCGUUCUGUUUUGCUUCUUCUUGAUUAACAGAACGAAGCAAAUGUGCUUUCCAGGCUUGAACUGCUCGAAAGCACUCUUUAUUUUCGAAGUCUAUUCUUGCUUUCGUUUCGUUUUCGUCUCUGAUGACUAACUCAUCGAUCUUCUUUAAUAUGUCCCGAAAUCUGGAAUCAAGAGAAGAAGACUAUACAGCAGCUUCCUGUAAAACAAUAGUUAGAUGAUGAAUAACCAUUACCAGCCGAGCCUUGGUCCGAUAGUUGAGUUCUUUGAGACGAACUGACCAUCUCCGCCUUUAUUAUACUGCGUUUAUACGUAUUUGCACUGUAAGCACUUCUCCUAUUCUGAAGUUUCACUAUUGGCCCUAGAUAAUAGCAAACUAUUUGAUGACAUCCCUUGAACCAGGUAGUGGACUAAUGAAUCCUAACAUCAGUAGCCUGGUACAGGGUUCAUCAGUGGCGGAAAAAGGCGAAAAAUAAAUCAGCAAGGGCAAAAAAAAAAAAUCGACGAGUGAAGCGAGCUGAGCGGUAGUCUGGGAUGGGGAAAGGAUGGCGCCCUGUUUCACUUCGUUUUUUGCCUCUACCUUCCACUGCGGAGCAUAGACCCAGGCUAUAACGUUAUUCAUUAUGCACACCUUAACUCAUGCAAACGAACUCAUGUUCUUCACAAACUAGUCAUUACCACAUACGCCUAAUUGCAAUAACGUUGUCAUAGAAAAAAAAACAAAAAGCAAAAAAGCCAAAUAGGAAUAAAUUAGCCAUGUGAUUUACAUUUGCGUAUUUUAAUUCAGUAUUUAACAAUUAUUUAAGAAUUCAUUUACAAUUGCAAGAGAUGAUUCUGUAAUUCCGCGCUGUAAGAUAAACAGGCGCCAUAGUCAUUUCAGAGCCAACAUUCUCCAUCAAAAGAAGUCGCACAAUUCGAGAAAGAAAAAGGUAAAUUGACGCGAGCAAUGUUAUGUCUCAGUUGUCGCACGUUCAGUUGCCAAUCUUUUAUGUCCUGACAAACGAAGCUUGGUUUGUGGCUCAGGUGAGGAACUGGCGGAGGACCCCCUCACCCUCUCCACAAUGAAAAGUCCUGCCUACGCCCCUGAUUUGUUGCUUGAAAAUUGUGAUCAGAUGGUGUUGUGCACUGCAAACCAUACGCAGACUGGCUUUUCUAUUUAGCACUAAUCUAAAACACGCGUUGAGUUCCUGGAAUUUACCCCAGGCUUUGGUAGUUAUCCGAUGUGCUUUGUAAUUCGAGCACGUAUGAAAUUCGCUAGAUGAUUCAGCCUUGAAUUGCAUGAGAAUGACAGUAAGAAACUGAUGCAAAUGAUUUCUCUCAUAUUACGUGAUUAAUAUUCAGCUGUAAGCGUGUGUGUUGUGAAUGUUGAAAGCUAUGAUAAUUACAUGCUAAUUAAUUCCUAUUUAACUUUUUGCUUUUUGCUUUUUUGCUUUUUUCUAUGACAACCUUAUUGCAAUUAGGUGUAAACUCCACUUAAGUUAUUCCCCAGAAAAUACAUAAUGUAAACUAAAGCGUAAAAUAUGCAGCAACCCAUCAAAGAAGAAAAUGUUUGCUUCAUUUUGUAGGAUUAUCGCAUUUUCAAGAUGGGGUCACCGCGGUUUUGAGUUCCGUGAUGUCAAAUUUUUCACGAAGAUUUCUUGUGAAAACAAAAUUUACACCAACCUGGACUUGGCUAUCCCCCUUGGAUUAGAAUUUAGGGAAUCGGACCGGUCUUCUGGGACUGCAUGGGUUCAAAUCAGGGCGGAUAAAGGUUAUCCGCCCUGGUUCAAAUCCCUCCGUUCACGUGUUUCUAUCAUUGUAAAUAUCACAUUUUUCUCCAGUUUUAAUUUCAUCGACAGUUCCAACUAUAUAAUCUGUAUAUAAUGUAAACUUCAUCUAGUAAACUCAAGUAAUUAGUGAGUCAACCCUAGCUUUCGUUCAGGACUCGAGUAUAUACAAUGCUAUAGGCCGUUUGCACGAUUUACUACUACGACUAUUUUACUAUUUUACUAUUUUACUACUACGACCAAAAUCCUUCAGGGUAUUGCUUUCUAAUGCAAAUUAAGGCUUUUGUUAAUUAAACCUCACUGGGGCUACCAAAUUUAAAUAUGAAAGGAAAGACGAAAUUAAUUCUGGCCUUAUUAAUAAAAAGACAUCAUCGUUCAAACGGCCCAUUGCUGACCUGUUCCAUGCCUUCAUUCAAAUGUAGAUCAAAAUCACUUUUCUCGCGUAUUUUAUAGUGUUCCAGCCUACAAUUUGUGCAGAUCGCUAUCAAGAGUAAACAACAACAGAAAACAAUCAGAAUCGCAGCCCACUCAUCACAAAGUGCUACGCCCCUUACCCUCCCUCCCAGACACUUUUACUGGAAAUGAACAAUGCAAGAAUAUCACAGUUCUUUUUGCUAAGCCAAUGGUAUUUUUCUUCUUAAUUUUUAUAUUAAAAUAAUACAUGUUUACUUCAAAGUUUUUGUAAAACGUUUUCUAUAUAUUAAAACUGAUAAUACUCUCACUAGCAACUCACUAGCCCAAUUUUUAUAUGAGGCAUAAUUCGCAGACUUAAUAGAGCACGUGCGCAAACAACUUUAAAAUAAGAUUGGUUUUUGAUAAGCGUAAAAUUUAUCAGCUUCGCUUUAUUGUACUGGCAUUUUUUAUUUCAUUGGCAUUGAUGUUUUGUACCUCGUAUAAUAUUAGUGAAUCGUCAUUCCAUGGUUUUAAGCCGUUUACUUUUGUUCAACAUUACAUGCCUCUAAAAACUAGUGUAACUGAAGACAUGAAUGAACAGUGCAAUGAACCGCACGUAUCAGACGUCCCAUAGCCUAACCCGCACGUGAGUCAGGGGCGGAUCUAGGGGGAGGGUGCAGGGGGCGCGCACCCUCCCCUGAGAUGACCUUUGGUUUUCUAAUACAAUUGGUAUUCUGCAAAAAAAAAAGAAACUAUGUGGUUUAUUGGUGUUGAAGUAGAGCAAGAGACGAGUGCACCCCCUCCUAAAAAAAAUCCUGGAUCCGCCCCUGUGAGUAUGCCAGAAUUGACUGAAAAAAGAAGUCUUCACUCACCUGCCCCGAUAGGAACACUCUCCUUGAACUCAACAAAUAUUUCUGCAGACAUUUUUGCGUUAACACGUCUAGGGGGACUAAGUCACCUCUUCAACCCUUGAUGACCCGGGUAACAGCAAAUGUCAGUAAUUCUUACGGCCAGGCCAGUCGGUAGUUCAGUGUUUUCUAUGUUUUGGGCUAAUGGUAAGAGCCUCUUUUUCUUCUUCUCUUAAAAUACCAAUAUGUUCCGCCCGGUUUAGAAUCAGUUCUGAUUCGCUUACUUCUGCUUCUCCUCGACCACGCUUUCCACUUAUUCCAAGACUGACAAGGCGCGAGGUCAUAUCUUGUUUGCACCCCAAGUGGACGCCGAAUAUCGGAUCCAACUCCACUCUCAGAACACGACGAUUCUUCCGUUGAAAACGAACAAUUUAUGAUGAAAGAUUUAAGCUAACCAUUAUCCAGCAAAGCAGGCAGUUUCUCGUCGGAAGGCUUACAUGACAAAUUAAAUAUAUCCUACAUGCAAGUUAAAACGCACUGAUCUUAUCACGGUAUUAUGUAAACAACAGUUUUUCGGUAGACGUCAGUAAUUAAACUCAAAUUUUGGAUUUUUCUUCUUAUCAUUUUACUAAUAGUAUUGUUCAGCAAAGAUAGACAAAGUAACGUCGAAUAAAUUCACAGGGGUUCGAUGUAGUGUGACACGAAAAAAAAAAAAGAUUUCGCGGGAAAAUUGGGCCAAUUUCAUUCCAUCAGUUGAUAUCUUUUUUUUAAAAUUAAAUGGGGACUUUAUCAAAAUUACAAUCUAAAAGCCACUAACAAGUGAAAGAUAUUCAACCUGAUCACCUUCUUGAAGACCCUGCUGAGGAUGUGUGAGCUCAAUGCCGAGAGAAGUUGAUGGAAAAAAAAUUCGUUGGUGAAAAUUUUCACGCUAUUUUAGUGGAACUUUCCAAGUUAGUAAUUCCGAGUUACUGAGAGAUACCAUUUUUAAGUUUGCUGCAUUUUAGCAAAGCUUUAAUAGGCUAUCAAGAAAAGUAACUUUCUUUAAAAAUAAACCCCGCACUUUUGAGAAAAUAACAGUGUGAAAAUGGCAGAAAUCUGGGUGUGGUUCAUUAACGACUUGGCGGUAAUAUCAAGUGCGGCAUGAAAGACAUGGAACUGGGACAAGUAUUGAAAAUGAUAUUUCAAUCGGUUUAUAAAAGGUUAAAGCUGUCAAAAAAAGAAAGGCAAUUUUUUUUCGCUUCGUGUUAUUUUAUAUAGGUUCAACAAAAGUUGGCCGAAAAUCAAGCCAUUUCAUGCCUGUGAAAGGCCCUGCUUUCAAGAAAAUUUUUAUCUUCAAAUUAAAAAAACCCACCAACUUCUGAAAAUACCACCGUUGAUAAUCUUUUCAGGUGGCUUUCCUAUGGUAAAAAGGUGGAGGUCAAACGCCGACCUCGAUCUUUUGCUCCUGCCCGGUUUUCUCUGACAAUAACACUUAAUACAGGUUGACAACAAUAGAAAUGACCAUUUCAGGUACUUUUUAGGUGUCCGCGUCCGCUUAAUAGAGGUGUCCGCUUAAUAAAGGUUUCACUUAAAGUAAAUAAGGGAAAUAAAUUUGGGGACUUCGGCUAGUGUCCGGUUAAUAGAGGGUGUCUGCUUAAUACGGGUUUCACUGUAUCGUUAAAACGGCGGCGUACGGGGUUAUAUUCACGAGUUGUUCGUGUCAAAACCCGGAGACAGAGGUCUGGUGAUGAACACUGAGUGAAACAGUCGUCAAAACUGACCUUCUUGGUUAUUUUGUUUGUCUGAAGGUUUUUAAAUCUAGGGGGCCUAUUUAAGAGUUUUUCAUUCCUGAGAAUUUAACAUGUUUGUAACAGAACUUGCAGGCCCGAGUUAUUUCAUCCAUUUCCAUUUUAGAUUGAACUUUUUUGUAAUUUACCGAAAGGUGCCUACAAAGAAAGCUUUGAGGUGUGUGUGAAAGGAGUGCUGAUUAGUGAUAGUCUGCUAGGACUCUGCUAGGGUUUACGUCAUGGAUACUUAGCAACCGAUCGCUUGCAUGAGACCAGGGUCAAGUACAAAUCUUCUGGUUGGUCGGUAAAAAUAAACCACUAUGUGCCGUACGUGUUGUUAUGAAUGCCCAGACUAAAGAUUCUCGCAAUCGACUAACAAUAGAAUCGAAAGGUGUGUUUCACAAAUUGCUCUCUGCUCGACAAACAAGGCAUUGUCUGCUUUGCAUUUAAACUUUGCGAUGGAGUCUCUCCUAAAAAACUUCAAAAAACAUGUCGACUGUUCGAUUUGCUUGGAUAAUUUCACCGGGCCGAAAACCAUAGCGUGUCUUCACACUUUCUGCUGUGAAUGUCUGAAGAAACACGCGCUUAUGAGUCAGAGAGAUGGUCAGUUUCGCUGCCCCGAAUGCCAGACACAAAUUGCCAUUCCCGAAGGGAACAGAUUCGAUCAGUUACCGACUAGUUUCCUCCAUAACAGCUUGCUCAGUCUUCUCGCUGUUCAACAAAGUGGCGAUGGAAAUGAUAUCACGUGCGGAUUUUGCAAGAAGAAGAAGGACGAAGCAAGCUAUUGUUUUGAAUGCGAAAAAAUGCUAUGUUGCGACUGUCUGAACGCUCACGAGGUGUUUAGAGAAGCUGCAUUCGCUGGACACAAGGUGACCAAAGUCAAACAGUUUCAAUCAGAAGAUUACGAAGCCUUGUUAAAGCGAAAGGCAUUCUGCACUGAGAAGUACCACGAGAAAGAAGUAACCAGAUUUUACUGUCGCGUCUGCCAAACUUGUAUUUGUCAAAUAUGCAUUUACAUGAAUCACAAGACUCAUGAAAUCGAGCUGCUAGAAACUGCAGCGGAUGAAGAAAGAGCUAAAAUUUUGGCGGGAGUUGAGUUGAUGAAGCAAAAACACCAAACUUGCAGAGACAUUAUCGGUCAAUUCGAGGAGACAGCAGCCAAUCUUGAAGCUAACAUGGCAACCGCUAAACGCCAAGUGUCUCAAUCAGCCGAGCAAAUGAUCGCUGUGAUUCACGAACGCGAGCGCGAGGCAAUUACCACGCUCGAGAACACAAGCGUGUCACGAAUGCAGAAACUGAAUGCCGUAAAGAAACAAGUUCAACAGCUAGAAAAACAGAUCAAACAAGCAGCAGAGUUUGCAAGUGAACUGGUUCAGAGAAGUUCGAAUGCAGACAUUAUAGGAAACAGAAGGAAUUUGCAGGAACGAUUUGAAGAGCUUCGUAAAACUCAAAUGCCCGCCCUGCCUGCUGGUUCGUUUGUAAAGUUCGUGUCAACUUGUAAGCUAGAUACUUUGAGUCUCGGCAUAAUAAAAUUAACCGAGACAGACCCAAACAAAUCAACAAUUGAAGGACUGAAACAAACUUUCCAAGCUGGCGUUGAAGCAGAGAUUUCGAUUUGCCCAAAGACAAGCGAAGGACAGAUCAGUAACAAACAACAUGAGGAUCAUGUCGAGGUUCAAGUGGAACCUUCUGACCAACUGGCAAGUUUGAUCAUCAACGAAGGGGAUGAUGAGGCAGACACAAAUUUCCGGGUGAAAUUUGUUCCUAAACUGCCGGGUGUUUACCACAUCUCAGCAAAGAUAAAUGGCGACAGCCUUUCUCAAAGUCCCUUCACUUUUAAGGUGCAGAAAAGAAAGCUGGAAUUUGAUGGUGAGUUACACUUGCAAGAUGAUAAAACUCUGCAAAAGCCAAUUGGUAUUGCAGUAAACGGCAAAGGAUUAAUUACCAUAGCAGACCAUGAGAAGAACUGUAUUCUAGUAUGUGAUAAAGAAGGAAAGAUUGUGCGACAAAUGGGUUGUAAGGGGGAGGAUCCUGGGCAACUGAGCGGUCCAGUUGGCGUGACAUUCAUUAAUGAUGAUGAGAUUCUAGUGACAGAUGAAUCGAAUCACCGAGUACAGCAGUUCAACGUGCACUCGGCGCAGAACUUUGUAAACAGCUUUGGACAGUAUGGGAAUGAAGAUGGGAAUUUUAAGUAUCCAACAAGUGUUUGUAUGGAUGAUGAAGGACGCAUAAUUGUAUCUGACUUUAACAACCACCGCGUUCAGGUUUUGACAAGGGAUGGUGCACCCAUUUUGAUAUUUGGAGAUAGCGGCCCGGAAAAACUUAACAAUCCUGUGGGCUGUGUCUGUUACAAAAACAUGUUUAUAGUUGCUGAUAGUUUGAACAGCUGUUUGAAAGUAUUUAAUUCUUCAGGGAACUUUCUGCGUAAGAUUGGAGAAAAAGGCAAUGCAGACGGACAGUUUUUAAAGCCGUAUGGAGUGUGUGUAGACCAACAUGGAAAUAUUUUGGUCAGUGACAAAGACAGUGGUCGCGUGCAACAGUUCACUAUAGAGGGUCAAUUUAUUGGGAAAACUGUUACCAAGUUAACAUGGCCAUGGGGUAUGGCUACAAUGCCUGAUGGUCGUAUUUUAGUUUGUGACUUCAGUGCCAAUAAGGUUAUUUUCUUGAAAUAA